CCACCUGCCCUAGUGAUGUCAGCGUUGCCUCCUGGUGGCCCCCUGGUGCGGUCUGCUUUCCCCAGGAUGCCUCAGGGGACCGGAGCCGCUGGCCAUGGCCCGAGUGGGGCCGGGGCUUUCAACAUCAUUGUCCCAGUCAGGACGCAAGGGGCUCCAGCAGAGCCCUCUCACACUCAGACCACUGUCCUGGCUCAGGCCCCCCUCAACUGGAGUGCUCCAGGGGCCCUCUGCGGGGGUGCUCAGUGUCCUGCUCCCCUGCUGUUGGCAGCUCCCGCUGUAGGGACCGUGAUGCCUGCUGCAUCCAUCGGGGGCACGUGGGCUGGAGAGGGGUACUGGUUCCCAGGCCAGCCCCUUCCAGCUCCCCUUCCAGCAGCCCAGCUGGGUCCGACCGUGGUCCCAGGGAAUGACGGGCCACGUCCACAUGGGGCUGGUGGGGAGGGCGGCAAGGCCCCCUCCCAGGCCAAGGCCGCGCCAGAGGACUCCUGUAACCCCAGGAGUGUUUACGACAACUUCCGACGCUGGCAGCGCUUCAAGUCCCUGGCCCGCGGGCACCUGCCCCAGAGUCCUGAUGCUGAAGCUCUGUCCUGCUUCCUCAUCCCAGUGCUUCGGUCCCUGGCCCGGCUGAAGCCCACCAUGAGCCUGGAGGACGGAGUGCGGCGGGCCAUGCAGGAAUGGCAGGGCACGAGCAAUUAUGACCGCAUGAACUAUUACGACAUGGCAGCAAAGUUCAUGGAAUUUGAAGCUGAGGAGGAGAUGCAGCUCCGGGUGCUGCAGUGUGUGAAGGGGCCCCAGGGCCUGCCUCCUCCAGCCCCACCAAAGCUUGCUCCUCCAGGGGCUGGCCGCAGGGCACCAGCCACUCGCCCGCUCUCAUGCAGACCCCAGCAGCUGACCCAGGCCAAGGCACCCAAGGAGAUCCCACCAGAAGCUGUCCAGGAGUAUGUGGAUAUCAUGGAGGCACUGCUGGGGCCUCAUGCAAAUUGGGAGGAUGAAGAUAUCGAGGAGCAGCAGGAGCAGGACGGGACUGACCCGGACCCAGGUCUCCUGAGCUACAUUAACAAGCUGUGCUCCCAGGAAGACUUCAUCACCAAGGUGGAGGCCAUCGUCCACCCCCGAUUCCUGGCAGCUUUGCUUUCCCCAGACCCAAACUUGGAUCCCUUGGCUCUGACUGAGGUGCUGGAGCAGGAAGGACGACUCACCCUAGCACAGCUGGUGGAAAAGCGCCUCGCGGCCCCGGAUGACGCAGGAGCCUUUACUUACUAUGACGUGGUCUCAAGUGACUCCGGGGGUUCAUAA